GUUGAGGCAUUCCAAGGCUUGACUUUGUAAACAGGGACAUAAGAUGAGGACUACUGUCGUUAUUCUAGCAGUCAUGGUUGUCGGGGCGACAUGCAAGUUAUAUGGAGGCGGCUAUGGUCCUGGAUUUGGUCAUGGCUUUGGUCAUGGCUAUGGCUAUGGUCCUGGAUUUGGUCAUGGCAUUGGUCAUGGCUAUGGCUAUGGUCGUGGAUCUGGUCAUGGCAUUGGUCAUGGCUAUGGCUAUGGUCGUGGAUCUGGUCAUGGCAUUGGUCAUGGCUAUGGCUAUGGUCGUGGAUCUGGUCACGCCCGCAUUAGCCCUGGUUUUGGUGCUAACCACGUCGACGUUGAGGUACACCACGUCCCCCAUGGCAACCAUAUCGACACCAUCACCAGACAUGUUCCACAUGUGUACGCAGGCAAUGGAAUGCAUGGUGGAUUUGGACAUGGAUAUGGCGGUCAUGGCCAUGGAUAUGGGGGCGGCAGCAUCUCAGUACACCAUCAUGGUGGCCACUUUGGUGGACACGGAUAUUGAAUUGUCGGACACGCCCCACAUGGCAACCAGCAAUGACGUCCGAACACAAACCCGAGGUCACGAUGAAAAGGUUUAUGAAGCAGCCAUGUCUUCUUUUCACUCGCUGUAUGACAAUGGUAAUAAAUCGAUGGUAGUUUAUAAGAAGUCUUGUUGUUUUAUUUCUUAUUGCAUACACACAGUGGAGUUUGCUUGUCAUAUAAAUACAAUGUUUGAAAGUAGUUAACGAGUGAUUUUUGUUUAACGUCGCUGAGCAAAGUGA